AUGUCAGUCCGCGUUGUUGCGAGAAUACGUCCCCUUCUUGACCAGGAGUUGAACAAGGACAUCAUUGUGCGGCCCGAUUGCACUGAGCCGGGCAAACCCAACACCAUUAUCAAAAUUCCGAGUCCCAAGAACGUAGCUGAAGAGUUCUCGUUCGCGUUCAAUGCCGUGUAUGAUCAAUCGACGUCGCAAGAAACAUUAUUUACUUCCGAAGUGCAACCGCAUCUCAAGUCAUUGUUUCAAGGGUACGAUGUUACCAUCUUCGCUUACGGCGUCACCGGCACUGGGAAAACGCAUACGAUGCGUGGCGGCCUGAAACUUGCCGACCGAGGUGUCAUUCCCCGCCUUCUCAGCGGUGUGUUUCGGAGGAGCAAGAAGAUGAUGAAGGAUACGCAGGGUAAGACGACGGUAAAAGUCAGUCUAUCCUACUACGAAAUCUACAAUGACAAGGUGUUUGAUCUUCUUGAGCCUGUCGAGAAAAGAACUCCUUCGGGCUUGCCUCUGCGCGCCGAGGCUAGCGGAAGGACUGUGGUAGCCGGACUAUCAGAACGCGCCUGCGAAGAUCUCCGAGACUUUGAGAAGUUGUAUAUCGAGGCCAACAACAACCGCGUGACCGCAUCCACGAAGCUGAAUGCGCAUAGCAGUAGGAGUCAUGCCAUUCUACGCGUCAAGGUCACUCAGACCUCGGCAGACACCGUUCAGGAAAGCACCGUGUCCGCCAUUGAUCUGGCUGGGUCGGAAGAUAACCGCCGCACUGACAACGACAGGGAGAGACUGGUGGAAUCCGCGGCUAUCAACAAGAGUCUCUUCGUUCUCAGCCAAUGCAUCGACGCCAUCUCGAGAGGGGACAAGAGGAUUCCCUAUAGAGAAUCCAAGAUGACCCGCAUCCUAUCCCUCGGCCAGAACCACGGCAUCACCGUCAUGAUUUUGAACCUGGCACCGCUUCGUAGUUAUCACCUCGACACCCUCAGCAGUUUGAACGUCAGUUCUCGAGCCAAGCGCAUCGAGGUUCGCGAGAUUGAAAACGAGGUGGUCUUCAAACAGUUGCCCAAAUCCACCCAUUCGAGUGCCGUCCAGCGACAGCCGCUACGACCGCUAGCCAAUGCUCUAAGCGCGCACAACGUGCACAAUGGCAAUGCUUCCUCAAAGGCUUCGGGAGACGUGACUGCUCGACCAAUCAAGUCCUUCAGCGUCUACACGGACAAGGCUAGACAGUCGCCGAACAAGACAAUGACACCACUUUCAACAACGCUCCCAAGGCCGGUCGUAAACGUGAGCUCGGUUGCUCGACCCAGCGCAGCUCAUAAACGGCCUUGGGAACAAGAGAGUGCUACGGCGAGGCCUAGCAAGGUUGCUCGGCCAACACUAGACGAGCCUUCCAUCAUGGUGACGGCCUCGCAGAUCGAAGCCAUGGUUGAGAAAAAGGUUGGAGAAAUCCUGGCGGCCCGAUCAGCGGCCGAGAACUCGGCUCAGCAAAGAGCCACCCCAGCUCAAACGGAGAUUGGCGAAGCCAUGCAGAGACGGCUCGAGGCAUUGGAAAGACGCAUCCAAAGCGAGGAGAGGCGCGAGGACUCAAAAUCUGACGGCCUGCGUUUCCUCCUGGCUGCCAGGCAGCACAGGGAGAAGGGAGAAGAUGCAUUAGCGUUGAGAGCAUACGAGAUGGCUCUACCCUUUUUCCCAGGACAAGCAAAGCUCAUUGGGAAGAUUCAACGUCUUCGUAGCCGACUGGGAGUGACCGGGGAGACGACGACAAGGACGAUGCGGAGCCCCUUUGGAAGCCCUCUGCGGCCUGGAAGAAGAGCAAGAAGGCCGCGUCUGACAAGCACCAUGGAGCGUAGCGGCUCCGAGCAGGAGGAGGCAGGUAUUGAGGAGGAACUUCUGGACGACCAAACCAUCAGGAUCCAGCUCCCAAAGCCCAGAUCGAGUUCCAUGGCCAAGCUUCAAGUUUACGACGAUUAUGCUAGUGAGACGACGACAGUGACGAGAGCUCGGAGCUCGGCUCCACCCCAAGGGCUUGUGGGUUGCUGA